GAUAUAGUCACGGAUCGAAAGCGGGCCCCCAUCUCAGAAGCUGACUGUGAGCAGACGCGUCAGCGCACCGUGGAGAGGCCAAGUUAUUUUUCUGUUGCUGUGAUAGAAAACACUGACAAUAGAGAAAGGAUUCGUCUGUCUCACAGUCCAUUACAUGGGACCAGCUUUCGAUGGACUCCGAGAACUUCCAAGUGGACACCGAGAACCUGUGGGCCUGGCUUGUGAGGCUCAUGGGUCAGAAUUUAGAGUGGCUGAGCGCCAAGGUUAGGUUCUUCAUCCCUACCGUGGACCCGGACUACAGCAACGAGACCCCCGAUCCUGAGGUCAUUCGCCAUCAGCUCUACAGGCUGUACACCCAAGGCCUGGCCACCUGGCAGUCUUUCAUCCACUGUCUGUGCAUACAGUGUGAUGUGCCUCUAGAGCUGGAGGUUCCACUGCUGAGCAUCUGGGGCCAAAGAGAUGAAUUCUCUAGGCAGCCAGGAGCUGGUGAGGAGAGCUGUCCUGGACCUCUGCUGCACCAUGGUGUCAAGCGUCCUACUGAGAGCUAUGGGUCCUCACCCCGCCGGAAACACAGCAGGAAACAGCAGAUAGAGUUGGCCAAGAAGUAUCUGAAGCUCCUGAAGACCUCUGCCCAACAAUACCACAGUGGUGAAUGCUGGGUAGCAGGCCAUACUCUUGCCUGCCCACGGGCCUACAUCCCUCCAAUUCUGCAGUGGAGCCGGGAUACAGCACCCUUGGAUGCUCAGGAGGGAGUCAAGAUAGGACACCCCGAGGCAGCAGAUGACAGUGAAGCGUGCAUCCAGGAUCUCUUCAGGACCCACAAGGGACCUCGGGUGACAGUGCUUCUGGGGAAGGCUGGCAUGGGUAAGACCACUCUGGCACAUCGGCUCUGCUGGAGGUGGGCUGGUGGUCAGCUGGACCGCUUCCAGGCUCUGUUCCUGUUCGAGUUCCGCCGGCUCAACAUGAUCACACAUAAGCUGACACUGCCCCAGCUCCUCUUUGAUCUGUACCUGACGCCAGAGUCAGAUCCUGAUGCUGUUUUCCAGUACUUGAAGGAGAACGCCCAUCAAGUCCUACUGAUCUUUGAUGGGUUGGAUGAGGCACUCUCUGCUGGUUCCAUGGGUGCUGACAACGCAGGCUCCGCCCUCAACCUCUUCUCUAACCUCUGCCACGGGACCCUCCUGCCAGGCUGCUGGGUGAUGACCACCUCGCGUCCUGGGAAACUGCCUUCCUGUGUGCCCACAGAGGCAGCCAUGGUGUACAUGUGGGGCUUUGACGGGCUACGGGUAGAGAAGUACGUUAGCUACUUCUUCAGUGAUGUGCUGUCACGGGAAUUGGCCUUGGCAGAGAUGAGAACCAAUGGGCGUCUCCGAGGUAUGUGUGCGGUACCUGCACUGUGUGAGAUUGCCUGCACCUGCCUCCACCACCAUCUGCUUCCUGGAAGCUCUUCGGGCCAGUCUACAGCCCUCCUGCCCACUGUAACCCAGUUGUACCUGCAGAUGGCAGUAACUUUUAACCCCAGUGAGACUCUGCUUGCCACAUCCAUGUUGGGCCUUGGAAACGUGGCUCUAAGGGGACUGGACACUGGGAAGGUCAUCUUCUCUGUGGAAGACAUCUCUCCCCCGCUAAUGGCUUUUGGAGCUGUCCACAGCCUCCUGACCUCCUUCAGUAUCCAUACCUAUUCUGAGCACCAAGAAACAGGCUAUGCUUUUGUACACUUCAGCCUGCAGGAAUUCUUUGCUGCUCUGUAUCUGAUGGCCAGCGACACGGUGGACAAAGAUAAACUCGCUGAAUAUGUCACUCUCAAUUCCCAGUGGGUGCAGAGGACCAAACCUAAGCUGGGCCUCUCGGACCAUCUCCCUACCUUCCUGGCAGGCCUGGCAUCCCACACCUGCCGCACAUUCCUUUGCCACCUGGCUCAACAGAAUGAAGCCUGGGUGAGCUCCAGGCAGGAUGCUGUUGUCCAGGUACUGAGGAAGCUGGCUAGCCGAAAGCUUACAGGGCCAAAGAUGAUAAAAUUGUGUCACUGUGCGGCCGAGACCCAGGAACUGGAGCUGGCAAAGUUCAUUGCCCAAAGCCUUCCCUUGCAACUCUCCUUCCACAAUUUCCCACUGACCUGGGCAGACCUGGCUGCAGUGGCCUACAUUUUGGAGCACAGGGCUGUCCCCGUUCACUUGGAUUUUGAUGGCUGCCUACUGGAGCCCCACUGCCCAGAGGCUCUGGUAGGAUGCAGGCAGGUGGAGAAUCUCAGCUUUAAAAGCAGGAAGUGUGGGGAUGACUUUGCUGAAGUCCUGUGCAAGAGCUUGCCUACCAUGGGGAGCCUGAAGAUGCUGGGGUUAACUGGAAGUCAGAUUACAGCCCGAGGCAUCAGCCACCUGGUACAGGCUUUGCCCCUCUGUUCCCAGCUGGAGGAGGUCAGUUUGUAUGACAACCAGCUCAAGGACCCAGAGGUGCUGAGUCUUGUGGAACUGCUCCCUCGCCUGCCCAAGCUCCAGAAGCUUGACCUGAGCAAAAACAGCUUCUCCGUGUCAACCCUAUUGUCCCUGGUGAAGGUGGCCAUUACAUGUCCUACUGUCAGAAAGCUGCAGGUCAGGGAGUUGGACCUCAUCUUCUUCCUGUCCCCGGUCACAGAGACAACUACAUGGCAAUCAGGAGCAUCAGACAAACAGGACAAAGAUAGCCCGAGGAAAGGACAGAACCGAAGCCUGGAACUCAGGCUUCAGGAAUGUCAGCUCAGGAUCCAUGAUGCAGAAGCCCUCAUGCAGCUAUUCCAAAAAGGCCCCCGGCUGGAGGAAGUGGAUCUUUCAGGGAACCAUCUGGAGGAUGAAGGCUGUCGACUUGUGGCAGAGGCUGUUUCGCAGCUGCACAUUGCCCGGAAACUGGACCUCAGUGACAAUGGUCUCUCUAAGACUGGGGUGUCCUGUGUGUUGAGAGCCGGGAGCACAAGUGGGACCCUGGAAGAGCUGCACAUCAGCCUGCUGAGCAACACUGUAGUACUCACAUUUGCCCAGGAGCCAAGGGAGCAGAAGGGGCACUGCAAGAGGGGAGCACCACUUACCAGCUUUGUGUCUCCGGCGGCCUCUGAGUUAUCCCAGAGCUCUCGAAGGAUCAGGCUGACACACUGUGGCUUUCUGGCCAAAGACAUAGAGAGGCUCUGUGUGGCGCUGAGAGACAGCUGCCAGGCCCACCACCUGGACCAUCUUGACCUAUCAGACAAUUCACUGGGGGACAAAGGAGUGGCCCUACUAGCCCAACAGCUCUCAGGACUGGGUCCCCUGAAGACCCUGAACCUUAGCAGGAAUGGCUUGUCCCUGGAUGCUGUGAUUGGCUUGAUCCGCUGGAUGUCUUCCCUACAGUGGCUAUUCCACUUAGAUGUCAGGCUUGAGAGUGACUACAUUCUCUUUCAAGGAGCUAGGACUAGCAGGGAUGCACUAGCAGGUGGCCAAGGACCAGAGUUCCCAGCUGGAGCCCAGUUACCAGAGUUCAACCAGCGCCACACUUCCAGGACCUUCUGCCUUCAGGAGUGUCAGCUGGAGCCUCUGAACCUUGCCUGCCUCUGUGCCACACUGGAGAAAUGCCCAGGGCCUCUGGAGGUCGAAUUGUCCUGCAAGACCCUGAGUGAUGAGAGCCUGGAGACUCUGCUGCAGCACCUGCCCCAGCUGCCCCAGCUCAGCCUGCUGCAGCUGAGCCACACAGUCUUAUCUUCUAGAAGCCCCCUCCUGCUGGCCGACAUCUUCAACCUGUGCCCACGGGUACGGAAGGUCAGCCUCAGGUCCCUAUGCCAUACUGUCCUGCAGUUUAGCUCCAAUGAGGAACAAGAGGGUAUGUGCUAUGGGUUCCCAGGGUGCAACCUCCGCCGAGAGCACGUGGAGCCUCUGUGUUGUGCACUGAGCAGAUGCAAGGUCCUCAGCCAGCUUGACCUCACAGACAACCUGCUGGGUGACAGCGGGCUCAGGUGCCUUCUGGAAUGCUUGCCACAGAUGCGCAUCUCUGGGUGGCUUGACCUAGGUCACAACAGUAUCUCUCAGGAAGGAGUGCUGUACAUGCUGGAGACUCUGCAGUCCGUCCCUCAAGUCCGUGAGGUCUCUGUGAGUCUGGACUCUGAGCAAAACUUCCGGUUGUGCUUCUCUGAAGAAGAAGGAGCCGGAACAAUGCUGAGGCUACGUGAAUGCAGCUUCAGCCCAGAACACGUGUCCAGACUGGCCUCCAGCCUGACCCAGGCCCCACAGCUGACAGAGCUCUCGCUGACCAGGUGCCGCCUCGACCUGCCACAGCUGACCAAGCUGCUGAACCUGGUGAAUAGGCCAGCAGGAUUGCUGGGCCUCAGGUUAGAAGAGCCCUGGCUGGGCCAUGUCAGCUUACCAACUCUAAUGGAAGUCUGUGCCCAGGCCUCAGGACGUCUCACUGAGUUAGGCAUCUCUGAGACCCAGAAGCAGCUGUGGCUCCAGCUGGAGUUUCCUCACCAAGAAGACAAUUCCGAGGCCAUGGCCCUCAGGCUGGCUCACUGUGACCUGGGGACCGGACACAGCCUUCUUAUGAGACAGUUGGCGGAGACAUGCGCCAGACUGCAGAAGCUCAGCUUGUCUCAGGUGAAUUUCGGUGACAAAGACAACACCAGGCCCAGGCUGCUGCAGACUCUCCUACUGUCUAGCUGUAAACUGAAGAGCUUCUGGCUGACUUCCAGCAAUGUGAGCGCAGAGAGCCUCGCCUACCUGGCAUCUGGUGUGGAACACUGCCAACAUCUGGAAGAGUUGGAUUUCUCUAACAACAAUCUCAGUGAGGAGAACAUAGAGCUGCUGAUGGGAGCCCUUCAGGGGACCUGCAGACUGAAGAGGCUGCACCUCGGCCACUUUCCACUGGAAACCUCCUCUCUGGCCUUGCUCAUUCAAGGACUAAGCCACAUGACCCUACUGCAGCACCUUUGCUUGAGGCACAACAAGAUUGGAGACGUGGGUACCCAGCGCUUAGCUGCCAUCUUGCCAAGGCUGCCAGGGCUCAGGAAGUUAGACCUCUCUGGGAACAACAUUGGCCCAGCUGGGGGAGUGCAGCUGGCAAAGUCUCUGACCCAUUGCGGGUGCUUGGAGGAGAUCAUACUAGGCAACAAUGCUCUGGGGGAUCCCACAGCCCUGGAGCUGGCUCAGAGAUUGCCCCCACAACUGAGGGUCCUGUGUUUGCCAUCCAGCAAUCUGGGUCCAGAGGGGGUCCUGUGCCUGGCCCAGGCCCUGGAACAAUGCCCACAUAUAGAAGAGGUCAGCUUCGCAGAGAAUAACCUGGCUGGAGGUGUUCCACAAUUCUGCAAGAGGCUCCCACUGCUGAAACAAAUUGACCUGGUUUCCUGCAAAAUUGAAGACCAAGCUGCUAAGCACCUUGCUACCAACCUCAUGCUCUGCCCAGCCCUGGAAGAAAUUCUGCUAUCUUGGAAUCUCCUUGGUGAUGAGGCGGCUGCUGAGUUGGCCCAGGUCCUGCCACAGCUGGGGCAGCUGAAGAAAGUGGACUUGGAGAAGAACCGGAUCACGGCAUGUGGAGCCCAACUCCUGGCUCAAGGGCUGGUCCAGGGAUCCUGUGUCCCAGUCAUUCGCCUCUGGAACAACCCCAUUCCUGCCGAUGUCGCCCGGAAUCUUCAGAGCCAGGAGCCUAGGCUGGACUUUGCCUUCUUUGACCAUCAGCCCCAGGCUCUUUGGGGAAUCUGAUGGAUCUCUCAAGACUUAUGAGUCCAGCCCAGAGACAACCAACCACAUUGCCCACCAGGAGAGGGGGCCUCAGGAGACGAGCCUCAGUUGGUGCACAGCAUCCUACAAAUGUCCAGGAGGGGAGAGCAUAUUUGUUGUGUCACAAUACUUACAGAGGGUUUUCUUGGGGACUGAGAGCUUUGUUUGACCAAAAGAAGUUUAUAUAUCAUAUAUGACGUGUUACCAAUGGGACGUCGGCAUAAUGGGAGCACUAUGAUGUCAUAGAUGACAGGGAAGGCUAUGUAUGGUAUACAAUGCCCUCUUGAUAUGGGAAGGUCAGACUCAUGACUGGUCAAAUGUGGCAUUACAUAGGACUUGUAGCAUGGCAGCCAGUCAGAGCCUCUUAGCACUGUAAGUGGCAGUACCCGCAAUCAGGGAUCCACCUGUGACAGGAUGUCCACGUCACAUGACACUCA